AUGCAAAUUCUUAGUUCAUCUGAUGAAUACACACACAUUUUUCUUUUAUCUUUUGCCAUCUUACUUUCUAAUUACAAACACAUUUUUCUUGUAUUAGGCGAUCAACAAUUUGGGGAUGUUGUUGGUGCCAAUGCCCUUCCAAACCAUAUCAGAAGAGAAUUUCUGGUGCAACUCAAAGAUGUACGGAGCUUGCUCGUGGGUGAAUGGCUACCGAUUUUGAGCAUGGGUUCAGGGGCCACCAUUGUUAUUGUCUCUACGCCUAAUACUAGGCCUCACAAGCAAGCGUGCCUUGAGCUUUGGGGUACACCUGAGGCAGUUGAUAACGCAAACUGUGCAAUUUCGAAUAAAAUAAGUUGGGGAUAUCCGGAAUCAGUCCAGCACCCAUAUCCAUCAUUGUUGCUUUUAGAUGUUGCAAUUCUUAAAAGAUUUGUUCCCUUACGCCAGGUUGGGGCUCUGUUUGGCAUACUUGACAUGCGGGUUAUGCAUUUGGUAUGUUGUAUUGGUGCAUGAAUUAAGGUGACCCCAUUUGACAUCUAUCACAUUAAAGGGGGGAAUAUGUCCGAUACUAUACAGUUUAUUGUGAACCACAUCGUGUGCAAGAAGUACGGGAUUUACUUGAUGGUUACUUGGCACCGCAUAUUCCUUAAACAACAAACUGAGAUUGUGGCAACAUAUGUAGUUUGUGGUGAUUUAUAUACUAUUUAACAAAUGAGCUGGCUUUACAUUGCACUAACAUUUAAACAAGUCAACCUAUCAUUUUGUUUAA